GUUAAACUGCCUUGCCAAGGUUCACACAAGAUAAAGUUGCUUAGUGUUGAGCAUCAUGUGGCAAUUCUUCAUCAACAUCCUUCCCCUCUUCUUCCUCUUCUCAUUCUUAGUUGUUAGAAGGUUCCUGAAUCCUCCUGUAACCAAAAACCUCCCACCUUCACCACCAAAGUUUCCGAUUCUUGGAAACCUUCACCAACUAGGCCCGUACCCCCACCGCUCUCUACGCUCGCUGGCUCAACGUUAUGGUCCUCUUAUGCAACUCCACUUUGGCAGUAUCCCUGUCCUUGUUGCCUCAUCUGCAGAUGUUGCGAGAGAGAUCAUGAAAACCCAUGACCUCACUUUCUCAAACAGACCAAAGUUUAACAUUGCUGAUAAACUUCUGUAUGAAGGGCAGGAUGUGUCCACAGCACCUUAUGGUGAGUAUUGGAGGCAGAUGAGAAGCAUUUGUGUGCUUCAGCUUUUAACUAACAAGAGGGUGCAAUCAUUUCGAAGUGUAAGAGAAGAAGAAACCACCAUCUUGGCCGAGAAGAUCAAAGAAUCUGCUUACUCGUCAUCCCCAGUUAAUUUGAGUGAAAACUUUGCAUCUCUCACAAAUGAUAUUGUAUGCAGGGCGGCUUUGGGAAGAAAGUACAGUGAAGGAGAAGGUGGGAAGAAGUUCAAGGAGUUGUUAGGGGAGUUCAUGGAAUUGUUAGGUACUUUCACCGUCGGAGACUUCAUCCCAUGGCUUGGUUGGGUAAACGGCAUAAAUGGUUUUGAUGCAAAAGUGGAGAAAAUUGCCAAAGAGUUUGAUAAAUUUCUAGAUGAAGUAGUUGACGAGCAUAUGGAUAUUGCAAAAAGAAGAGGCAAUAUUAACCACAGAAAUAUAGAAAUAGAAGACCAGAAAAAUUUUGUGGAUGUUCUGCUUAAGCUUCAGGAGGAUGACAUGGCUGGCUUUUCCAUGACCAAAGUUAACAUCAAAGCCCUCAUCUUGGAUAUGUUUGCUGCUGGAACUGAUACUACUUACACAGUCCUAGAAUGGGCAAUGUCAGAGCUCCUGAGGCACCCAAGAGUGAUGAAGGAAGUGCAAAACGAGGUCAGGAAAAUUGGCAAUGGCAAAGCAGAGAUAACAGAAGAUGAUUUGGGUCAAAUGCAUUACUUGAAGGCAGUGAUCAAAGAGACUUUAAGGUUGUAUCCCCCAAUCCCAUUGCUAGUUCCACGAGCAUCGACCCAAGAUGUGAAAAUACAAGGAUACGACAUAGUUGCUGGUUCGACGGUAUUUACCAAUGCAUGGGCCAUUGGGAGAGACCCUGCGCGAUGGGACCAACCUGAGGAGUUUAGGCCUGAGAGAUUCCUGAAUAGCAGUUUAGAUUUCAAAGGACAAGAUUUCGAAUUGAUUCCAUUUGGAGCUGGUAGAAGGGGAUGCCCUGGAAUUUUAUUUGCCAUGAUAACAAACGAGCUAGUGUUGGCAAAGAUUGUUAAUCAGUUCGAUUGGGAAUUGCCUGGCGGUGCCAGUGGAGAAGAUCUGGACAUGACUGAAUGUCCUGGUCUUACCAUCCAUAGAAAAUUUCCUCUCCUUGCUAUUGCAGUUCCAAGGUCUUAAUCCACCCAUAUAAUUCAGACAAAGUUAGGGUUUUAAGAUUAGAGAAAUCAUUUUAAAAAAGGAUUAAAAUAAAUUUAGUCUCAUUAUUAGGAAUUUUGAAUUAUUAUAUUAAUUUCAUAUUUUUCAA